GUCGCCGUCACAACAAAUCACUUUCGUCAACCACAACUCCACCAUGGACGCGAAAUCACUCCUGCGCGCCAAGAAGGCCGCGGCGCGCAUUGAACACCCGCAUGCGACAUACUCGGCCGCAGGGCAGCUGCGGUGCUCCAUCUGCGCUGUUCCCGUGAAACAAUGGGACGCGCACCUCCUCACCAAAGCGCAUCGGCAGUCUGUGGCGCGCGAGAAGAAGGAGGCUGCGGCGCGCGAGAAGAAGCGUGCCGCGCCGGCCGAGGAGGAGGGAUCAUCAAAGCGUGCAAGAAUUGAGGAGGCGCCGUCGAAACUGCCGCCGGGUUUCUUCGAGGCUGGCCACGAGCCGCAGGUCGAGGAGGAAGAUACGGAGGGGGCGAGGCGAGGGGACGACAAGGAGGAGGAGGGGAAGAAUGAGGAAGAGAAAGAGACGGGGAGGGAGGGGGAGAAGGGCCCCGAUGCCGACGCCGAGCUCGAUGCGUUCCUUGCGUCGCUCAAUGACGAACCAGAACCCACCGCGCUCGAACCCACAAAGAAGCGCCGCACGUACAAGGAGCAAGAGGAAGAUGGCGUUGCGUCGUAUUCUGCUGCCCCACAGCUCGUCAAGGACGGAGAGGAGCGGGAGCCAACGCCCGAGCCUGAGGAGACGGAGGCGGAGAGGCGAGCUCGCAUCGCACGCGAGGAGCGCGAGGAGGUGCUUGCCCGUCUUGAGGAGGAGCAACGCGCCCAGGAAGACGCAGAUGCACGCGUCGACGCACUUAAGGCGCGCAUGGAGGCCCUCAAGAAGAAGCGUGAAGCGCGGGGAGCAACGGGGGGUAAAGGCGGAGCAGCGGCCAAGGCGCUCGCUAAGGCUGCGAGUAAGAAGAAGUAGGGAGUGAUGCAUAAUAUACAGUCUAG